UCCAGUCCUUCCCGGUUCCGCCGAAGUCCGACUGAAGGUCCUAGGAUUGUUGAGACACCCACCACCCGUGUCUUUAAGGUCGUGUGGGCCACCCAGCGAGGCAGGGGCGAGGUUUAUUUUGUCUCGCACCCCGAAAUUUGAUAAUGGGCUGCAUUAAAAGUAAAGAGAACAAAAGUCCAACCAUUAAACAUAGAACAGAAAACACUACAGAACCUGUCAAUACAAGUGUCACCCAUUAUGGAGCAGAACACACUGCAGCGACACCGACAUCUACAGCAAAGGGAACAUCUAUUAAUUUUAACAGUCUUUCCAUGACACCAUUUGGAGGAUCCUCAGGGGUGACACCUUUUGGAGGAGCAUCUUCCUCAUUCUCAGUGGUGCCAAGUUCAUUUCCUGCUGGUUUAACAGGUGGUGUAACUAUAUUCGUGGCCUUAUAUGAUUAUGAAGCUAGAACUACAGAAGACCUUUCAUUUAAGAAGGGUGAAAGAUUUCAAAUAAUUAACAAUACGGAAGGAGACUGGUGGGAAGCAAGAUCAAUUGCUACAGGAAAGAAUGGUUAUAUCCCCAGCAAUUAUGUAGCCCCUGCAGAUUCCAUUCAGGCAGAAGAAUGGUAUUUUGGCAAAAUGGGGAGAAAAGAUGCUGAAAGAUUACUUCUGAAUCCUGGGAAUCAACGAGGUAUUUUCUUAGUACGAGAGAGUGAAACUACUAAAGGUGCUUUUUCCCUCUCUAUUCGUGAUUGGGAUGAAGUAAGAGGUGACAAUGUGAAACACUACAAAAUAAGGAAACUUGACAAUGGUGGAUACUAUAUCACAACCAGAGCACAAUUUGAUACUCUGCAGAAAUUGGUAAAACAUUACACAGAACACGCUGAUGGUUUAUGUCAUAAGUUAACAACUGUGUGUCCAACUGUGAAACCGCAGACUCAAGGUCUAGCAAAAGAUGCUUGGGAAAUCCCUCGGGAAUCUUUGCGACUAGAAGUUAAGCUAGGACAAGGAUGUUUUGGUGAAGUAUGGAUGGGAACAUGGAACGGAACCACAAAAGUUGCGAUCAAAACACUAAAACCAGGUACAAUGAUGCCAGACGCUUUUCUUCAAGAGGCUCAGAUAAUGAAAAAAUUAAGACAUGACAAACUUGUCCCACUAUAUGCUGUUGUUUCUGAAGAGCCAAUUUACAUUGUCACUGAAUUUAUGUCAAAAGGGAGCUUAUUAGAUUUCCUGAAGGAGGGAGAUGGAAAGUAUUUGAAGCUCCCACAACUGGUUGAUAUGGCUGCUCAGAUUGCUGAUGGUAUGGCAUAUAUUGAAAGAAUGAACUAUAUUCACCGAGAUCUUCGGGCUGCCAAUAUUCUCGUAGGAGAAAAUCUUGUGUGCAAAAUAGCAGAUUUUGGUUUAGCAAGGUUAAUUGAAGACAAUGAAUAUACGGCAAGACAAGGGGCAAAAUUUCCAAUCAAAUGGACAGCUCCUGAGGCUGCACUAUAUGGUCGAUUUACAAUAAAGUCUGAUGUGUGGUCAUUUGGAAUUCUACAGACAGAACUGGUAACAAAGGGCAGAGUGCCAUAUCCAGGUAUGGUAAACCGUGAAGUGCUGGAACAGGUGGAACGAGGAUACAGGAUGCCUUGCCCUCAGGGCUGUCCUGAAUCCCUGCAUGAAUUGAUGAAUCUUUGUUGGAAGAAAGAUCCUGAUGAAAGACCAACAUUUGAAUAUAUCCAGUCCUUCUUAGAAGACUACUUCACUGCUACAGAGCCACAGUAUCAGCCAGGAGAAAAUUUAUAAUUCAAGUAGCCUACCUUAUAUGCACAAAACUGCCAAAAUGUAAAAAACUUAUGUAGACUUCCUCACUUAUUUACAGGAAUCAAAAGAAGAAAAUCUUCACUCUGCAUGUUUUUAAUGGUAAACUGGAAUUCCAGAUAUGGUUGCACAACACCACUUUUUUUUUCCCAAAUGUUAAACUCUAAAGUACCAAUGAUGAAUUUUCCAACUUAUUUCGGGGUCCAAAGAAAGUAUAGCUAAGAUAUUGAUGACAGUGUGAGUGAUAGCAUAUGACAAUGAAGAGCAACAAGGCUACUGUUUGUAAAUCACUUUAUUUCUUUUAUUCCCCAAACUCAGAAUUGUUAAGAGAAAAUUAUUUCUCAUUAUAGACAAAACUCGGAAGAUAAAAACUGUUAUACCGUAGUAAAAUCUAAAAUAAGCUAACUUCAUGGGACCAAAAAUUUCAUUCCAUUUCUAAAAUUUUCUUGUAUUCAUUAUUUUCAAAAGUUUUUUAUAAGUUGAACAGUUAACAUGCAAUCUUAGUAUAUGCCUCCUUUGCAUGGAAAUGAGUGAGGUUUCUAGAAGCAAAAAGGAAUAUAAACAACAUCUAAAACUUGAUUAAAUGUUAAAUGACAGUGGUGGGAUUUGAAAGUAUAAUGCACUAUGUCAACACUCAAAUUCAUGGAACUGGAAAGUAGAGGAAGAAAUUUUUCACUUUAAUCAUUUUCUGAAUAGCUCAGUUUAGAAUAAUGAAGGAACUAGAAAGUGAGUUAAUCUUUUAUAAGGUUGCAUUGAUUUUUUUAAAGGCAAUCUAUAAUUGAAAUUGUUAUCCAAUCCAAGGGGAAAAAGUCCUAGCAUUUAAAUAGUCCUUUUUAAAAAAUAGACUGGUAAUAUGAGAUGUUGCUAAAUAUGUGCUUAUAGUGAUGGGUGCCUCAAAUAUAAAAUAUCACUAGGUCAGGGACUUGAAUGCACUUUUGCUCUUAUUGCAUAUAGACUAACAGAGAGGAAAAUGUAUUUAAAAGAAAUAUGAGAAAAUGAAAUGUGAAAGUUUUACAGAUAGAGGGAAUGUUAUGUUUAAUGUCGAUGUUAUGGAAUGACAAAAUGGCUUUGCUGGCACUCAAAGCUGCUCACUUUUUUUGUGAGAUUUUAAGAGUUAUAAGGUAUGUCUAUAAGACUAAUCGUAUGAUAAUCACUAAAUAAAUGAUAGUCUCAAAAUAACUAAGUUAAGGCUUCCCAGUAAUACCAGUGAUACAGCUUUUAUGCAAAACAUUUUUAAAAGUCCAGUGUGAUGAAUUUUUCCCUUUUAGAAUUUAGUUGAUUUGAAGAGGAAAACUUAUUCAGAAUAAGAACAAUGGUAAAAGUGGAGUGGGGGUGGGGGCAGUUUUUAUCCAUUUAAAGUGCAGAAGUAAACAUACAAAAAAGACUGAUUUUUAUGAUUAACUCAGAAAGAAAUUCCAAAAUAGGAAUUUGAAUAGCAGCAUUACUGGCUUAAGGAUCUAGCAAAGGAACUGAAUCUGACAAAAGUCUGAUAUUUAUGUUUUUAAAUACUCUUUUAUAGUCAUACUUUAAAUAAAGCAAUACAUCAGAUCCCCAUAUUUUAGAAAUAUAAUUUUUAACCAUUAUCUGUUAACUGAUUUAAUCAUCAAAUUUAAAGUUCCAUGCCAUAGUAUCUACGUUGAAAUUCAGAUCAUUUUAAAAUGUGACAGUUGAACUUCAUGUAGUUGGCAACAGUUCUGGUACUAAAAAUUGUGGUGGUUUCUUAUGUUUACAUAACCUGCAUAGUAUUGAAUCCCUCUUUCAAGAGGAUCUUCCUACGAAGACUGCCGUCAUCAUUUACCCUUAACAUCUGCAACCUGUGAUAUCAGAUUUUUAAAGGGCUUCAUGUGAACUAUGAUAUAAUUCUUCUAGCAUUUAAUAAAGGAUAAUAAAAUUAUAUGUUUAUGUACUAAUUCUAUUCAGAAAAAUAAGCCAGGAAAAGUUGAUGGUAUUAGGUUUUAACUGAAUGGAGCUGUUCCGUAUAUGAAUUGUAUAGUGAGGAAAUAACACUAACUCAAUGUGUAUUCAGUUUAAAUGGUUAUGUAUUUUUAAAUUGCCAAAAAAAAUAAACAACUUUGUACAUUUGAA